ACUGAUUAUCAGACACAACAGAACCGGUCUUUAGCUGUAGUGCAGCGCUGAUUACGCAGACGGGACUCUCUCUCCUCAUCGACCUCGUUCCCUCUCAUAGUGUGCGGAGGAAAGAGAGAGAGUGAAAAGGCGCCUCUUCAUCUCUGAUUAUUCAGACUGAACGGAGGCACGAGCGAUACCCCCUCCUCCUCUCUUUCUCUGCGCCGGAACCCGGGUGACGGGAGCGCCCGUGUCACAGUGACAGCUCCACCAGCGAAAGAGACGAGACAGAUUAUCUGGGGAACGGACUCUGUAGCUUUGUUGAACACUAGGUGCUACAAAAGCAAAACACCAAAAACUCACGGGCUCUUUCUUCAGAGAACGGACACAGCUUCUGCUGCGCCUGUGUCUGUCUGUGUCUGCAUGCACUAAAGAGAACUAUCAACUCGGGUGACUGGAUUUACAGUUAUACAUCCACGAACUAAACCGUCUGGAAUCUAUCAGGAAAAUAACGUUUUUUUUUUCUUCAAGAGAGACUCCAAGGGCACAAGGCACCUGUCAACAGCAUCUAACUCUGCUCGGUAAAUCUGCUCGAGCCAUUCUCAGUGCCAUCAGAUACCGCCACACUAAACACCCUCGCCUCUCCCCAGAACUGAAAGGAGAGAAAGGAGAGAGGGAUAGUCGAGAGAGGGGAAAGGUAAGAAGGAAAGAGAGAAAGAAAUAUUAAUUAUUCUGUACCAGGAGCUAGAUUUAUAAUUUUACUAGAACAUUGGCAUGGCAACCACGGGCAUCAACAGGCUACACAUCCUACCGCCCUGACUAUUUAACCGACCCUCAGUGCGUUACUCAUGCUUCCUUCCAUAAGCAGCCUGAAUAAUUAAUUUAAUAAUAAAGAAGAAACACUUUUUAUUGAAGUUCCAUUUUCCCUGAGGAGUAGCUGAAUAUCCUCCCCUCGACCUAGGUCAGACUCGGACUGAGAGGAGGGACACUUGACUCUCUGCUUCACCUGGUGAAGAGUCCGGUAAACCGGACCGACCGACGUUCGCACACACUCAAGACCCCUGCGCAUGGGGGAUUGCGGCCCCACGAGGUCGGAUGUCGUGCAGUACGUGCUAUUACCUGGUCAUCAGCUCCACACACCUGAGCAACGGCCACUUCCGGCGUGUAAAGGGUGUCUUCAGGGGACCGCUCUGUCGCACGGCCUCCAGCCAAUCACCGGAUCAUGGUGAGAGUGCAGCAGGUACAGUGGAGGAUGAUGGGAAGUCGAGUUUCUUCUGUCAGCUGUGUGAGAAACAGUACCUGAGACACCAGGAGUAUGACAACCACAUCAACUCCUACGACCACGCACACAGACAGAGACUGAAGGAGUUGAAGCAGAGGGAGUUUGCUCGGAACGUUGCGUCUAAGUCGUGGAAGGACGACCGCAAGCAGGAGAGAGCUCUGAGACGCCUGCACCAACUAGCACUGCUACGACAACAGACACACAGGGUACGAGGCCAGGUUGUUAGGUUCCCAGGGACAGUGAGAGCUGAGAUCCAGCAUUCAGAGAGACACUGUGGAGAGAGAGACUACAAACCAGGGGACCACUAUGUCCCCUUGACCCAAACAGGGUUAAUCCAAACCACAGGGAACUCCCAGCGACCCGCUGUUACCCUACCUCUAACCCAGCCCCAGACCAUCCCGCUCAGCCUCCAGGGAAAGGACUCCCCCCAUCUCCAAACCAAGCCUCUCUCUCCCUCCCAGCCCCAGCAGCCAGAGGAUCCUACCCACAUACCCACCUUCCCUGGAGGGCCCUUCCAAGCAUCCCCACCCCUAGCCUUGCAUUCCAGAUGUGGAUCUUCUCUGGAGAAUCCCCAGCCUCGCCUGAACAGCUCUCCCCAGGACCCUGACUUUCCUUGGGGCAGAGACAGAGGAAGGGUGGGGGUCUCCUUCUGUUUCUCCAGGAGGGGCCCGAGGCUAGAGCCAUCUGCCUCUGUCUUCUCAGACCAUCAAGAGGAGGAGGGGAGAGGAGGAGGAGGAGAGCAGAUGAAGGAGAAGGGAAGGGGAAGAGAUGAACUAUGGCUGCGUCACCCAGACAACCUGUUAAUAGGGCAACCAACCAACAGCCUUCACCCCGGAAACAAGACAGAACCCUCAGGCGGGGAAGAGGGGGGGGGGAGAAGAGAGAAGAGAGGAGGGGAGGAGAGAGACAGGUUCUCUGCUAGCCAUGACCCAGGCUGUCCUACCCACAACGGCAGACUGAGAGAAACAGACCAGAGCUCUGAACACGGGACAGCAGAUAAGAGGGAAGAGGGGGAAGAGAGGGAGGAGAGGAACAGGGGUACAGAGCACAGACAACAGGGCCAUGAGGUGAAUCAGACUCCUAUGUCUGACUCCUAUCUCCAUGUGGUUGCCAGAGACGGAUCCACCCGUCUGAGAUGGCCAGUAGAACUGCUGCAGUUUACCACAGCCAAACCACACCUCUCCUACAGCUGUAAGCCCACACACUGGCAACCCCACACCAACCCACUACACUGUAACUCUGAACACAACCACAACCACUGUCAAACCAAGUCACACUGUAACCACUCAGCAAGCCAGCAGGAGACAGAGACACACACAGAAGAGUCCAACCCCCUCAUGUUCCCUAGCUCCCAGCCUCCUCCUCAGGACACAGAAAAUGUAGAAUCCAAUACAGAUCUAUAUACAGAGACAGGCGGGACAGAUGAGGGAGCCACACACUCAUCAUCCUGUCACGUUGUAGAGAAGACAGAAGCACAUGGAGUGACAGCAGCCUUCCAGGCAGAAGCAACAGUGCCAGAGAGUGGAGGUGAAUCUGGGUUCAGAUUGCACCACCCCCUCUUCGGGAAUGGUGACCCCCUUCGCGGUGACAACACUCACACAAACCCCCACAAUCCCCAAAGAGGCAGAUUAGGAGGACAUGUGAUACAGGAGAGAGAUCGAGCCGUCAGAACCCCCAGGCCUAAAUUAGAGGCUGUCAUCCAGCCUUGCGCUGCCGUUUGUGUGUGUGCAAGUGAGGUUAGAUGUGUGUGUACGCACACUGCCAGCUCACGCACACACUUCGUGGGCGGUUCAGUAAGCACUCCGACAGAUGUGUCAUGCCAAAAUGUAAACGACAGCACAAAGAAGAAGAGGAGGAGAGGGGAAAGGUAUAAUGGGACUUCAAAUGAGGGUGAGGGAGAGCGGCAGCGUCUUAGGAGCGUCAUAACCUCUGUUUCCACCUGGUGGGGCGGAAAGAGGAGAUGUGACAGAGACAGAGGGGGAGAAGGAGACAGGGAAAUAGAGCGGGAGGGCGAGACGGGCGGAAAGAGGAGAUGUGACGGAGACAGAGGGGGAGAAGGAGACAGGGAAAUAGAGCGGGAGGGAGAGACGGGCGGAAAG